GACUGAGCAGAGGCCAGAAGAAAACUUCAGUAGCCUCUCAGACCUUAUUACACACAAGAGAAUCAACUUCGAAGAGACACGUUACACAUGGCAUGAGUGUGGGGAAAGCUUCAAUGAGAGCUCAGACCUUUUCACACAUCAGAGAAUCCACAGAGGAGAGAGACCCUACAUGUGCUCUGAGUGUGGGAAAGGCUUCAGUCGGAGCUCUACCCUUAUCGCACACAGGAGAAUCCACACAGGAGAGACGCCCUACACAUGCUCUGAGUGCGGGAAAAGCUUUAAAUGGCACUCAAACCUUAUCAAACAUCGUAGAAUCCACACAGGAGAGAAGCCCCACACAUGCUCGGAAUGUGGGAAAAGCUUCAGUUGCAGCUCAAACCUUAUCACACAUCGUAGAAUCCACACUGGAGAGACGCCCUACACAUGCUCUGAGUGCGGGAAAAGUUUCAAUUGGAGCUCAGACCUUAUCAAACAUCAUAGAAUCCACACUCGAGAGAGCACCGACACAUGCUCUGAGUGUGGGAAAAGCUUCAGUCAGAGCUCUACCCUUAUCGCACACAGGAGAAUCCACACCGGAGAGACGCCUUACACAUGCUCUGAGUGUGGGAAAAGCUUCAAUCGGAGCUCAAACCUUAUCGCACAUCAGAGAAUCCACAUGAGAGAGAUGCCCUACACAUGCUCUGAGUGUGGGAAAAGCUUCAAUCGGAGCUCAGACCUUAUCAAACAUCAGAGAAUCCACACUGGAGAGAAACCCUACACAUGCUCUGGAUGCGGGAAAAGCUUCAAUCGGAGCUCAACCCUUAUCGUACAUCAGAGAAUCCACACAAGAGAGACACCCUACAUGUGCUCUGAGUGUGGGAAAAGCUUCAGUCAAAACUCACACCUUAUCUCACAUCGUAGAAUCCAC